GUAGUUUUUAAAAAAUAAUUCAGUUUUAAAAUAAUAUUUAACGUUACUAAUAAAUAAAUCAUACAAGUUUGUUACUAAUAAUUAUUAUAAACAUGGUAAAAUUAUUAUUAACAAUCUCGACAAUGCUCAUGGCACAUAUGGUUGCCGCUGAUGAUGAUGCCUUAAAUGCAACUAGGUCAGCCAUAAAAUCCAUGAUUGAAAACGUGGCAGAUUCAUCCGGGCAUGUUUACGGGGCAAAGGACAGUAAGGGUCGGUCCAUGGAUUGCAUUAAAAUCAUAGCCAACCCGGAGGUGAAGGGGUUUAUAGCGGUCUACCAUUCCUAUGAGAACGGCAGCGCCCACUCACAUAUGGCUACCGCUGACAACGUGUUGGGCAAAUGGACGUGGGUUAGGGCCAUAGCCGGACCCGGCAUACAGGGUGCAAAUGCUAGCGCAACCCAACCUACAAUCGCGGUGGCAGAGGACGGGGGAUUUGCCGUGGCCUGGGAACAGGAGCCCCAUAACCACUUACAGUUUGCAUACUACAAAAACUGGGAUGACCUUGUUAACGGACACGUAACCAAACAAUACGCUGCACCACAAACGCUAUCGAAAUGUGCCGAGGGCACCCCACACUUAUACUACGCCAGUAGCACCUACCUUGAUGUGGGACACCAUUUCUACAACAACUGCGACACGGAUAGGGAGGCACGGGGUAGUUUAGUAAAUUUUUCAACAUGGUCAACCCACAUUCAAACUCACCUAAGUAAUAGUGUUCGUACAUCGGGUCAAAUUGGGGGUAAUAUAGGGGACAGGGAUUCCGGGAGCUUCAGGGGUCACGACUUUAUGGUUAUAGAGGCCCAGAAAGUGAAAGCUCAGGAGUUGAAUGUGAAAACCCAUAAGGGUAGCAAAUCAUUGGCUAACCCUUCGAUAACUCAUUUGUUAAUUGAUGGAAAGCCUACUAUUUUGCUGACCAUGUUUAUAUUUGGUGAGGGGGCGGGACAGGGGGAAGGCGUUACACUACUUACAAUCCAUUCACAACAGGAACAGGACUUCCUGUCAGACAUAUUAUUCAGGACACAUAAAAUCGUUGACGAGGUAUGGAUUGGGGCUAAAGUGAGUAACAAAAAAGUGACCUGGGUAGAUGGGUCCAAGGACGACUACACUAAUUGGGAAACUGGAAAGCCUUCAAAUGUUUCGGACAAUUGCGUACAAAUGCAACCGGAAGUUCCCAACACUGGUAAAUGGGUGGACGAACCUUGCUCCAAGAAAAAUCAAGUAGUUUGUCAAAAUGGUCAACUCUGGUCACGUGAACACAUGCAACAAAUGAUUGUAGAAAUGAGGGAAUACCAGAAGAAUAUAAUGCCCAUCGGUUUCAUCUACGUACAAUUACCAAAUCAACCUGAACCAAAAGUGUUAUGGCCCAAAAUGAACUGGGACAAUAUUACACCUCAUUAUGACGGGCUAUUUUUUAGAGCUGAGGGCGGGAAUAGUUCAAAGUUUGAGGGCAAUCCUCAAGAGCAAGAUUCACCAAGAUUGGUUAUGACUGACAUUCAUGGCCCGACAAUAAUAUUACACCUCAUUAUGACGGGCUAUUUUUUAGAGCUGAGGGCGGGAAUAGUUCAAAGUUUGAGGGCAAUCCUCAAGAGCAAGAUUCACCAAGAUUGGUUAUGA